AUGCCAGAAGACUGGGCCAGGACAGCCUGUCUUCACGACUACCGACACCGCGGACGUCUCGGGGGCGACGCAGCGCUUCAAGACAGUGCCUUAUCGCGGUCCUGGGAGAACCGCCAGGGCGUCUCACCUACGUCACCGAGCCUGGGCAGCGGCGAGACACGUCCUUCAGGCGUCUGCAGGUGUCUCCAGCAGCGGCAGCGGCUUCAGCGGCUGCGGGCUACGCUACACCAAGCCCGGCCCGAGAUAGCGCAGCGCCGGACAGGCGAUAGCAACUCGGCUCCUAGGACACGACGAAUCACCCGAUUGCCAGCCGCUACCGUGGAACCUCCGGCUCCGACGACGGUUUUACCGCUCACCUACGCAUCGGCGCUCUCUUCUCCUCCCACCGGCCGCCGCCCAUCGGACCACGUACCGGUGACCCUUCCAGCUGCUACGGAUAUCGCCGGGGCCGACACGUCGCGCUCAAAGCCUGAGGCUACUCCGGCGCCACUACCAACAGCGACGACUUCCGACAUCCACCCGCCUGAACAUACGGACGCCCCUUCAUUCGACGUUCCCGCAACGGCCUUCCUCUCAGAGCGACGCGACUCCCUUCCGUCUUCCGACACGGAGGGACGAACCCGCAAACAACGUUCACCUAAGAGGCGCAAGAGGAGGCGCCGUACGGUCUCGGAACGGGACGGAUCGCCUCCCCCUGAUGCUCCAGAGGCCGUCCGACCCGACGAGGCCUCGGAGAACCUACACGACGAUACGAAUGACAACAUGACGCCGACUGUGGAUGUGUCGAUGCCUACUCUACUGGCUCGCUCAGGUGCUAAUGAACCAAUGGACUCCACCGAUGCGACUGCCGCCGAGACGUCCUCUGCCCCUACGACCGAAGUGAAACGUACGACCAUCACAAUGACAACGCCUUCAAUGGUGUGGAGUGAGGACGUCGAUGAGGACCCGGACCACACGCUGGGGACAGAGUUACCCCAGACGGAAGCAUCGUUACGCCGCUGA